AUGGAUAUUAGAUGUACUCAAGCUAAUCAUCGAAAUUAAUAAAUAAUAGGAUGUUGUAUAGAUAGUUUAUGCUCCAAUUAAAGGCCUUAUUGUAAUUCUUGUUUGCCUAGCCAUGGUCAACAUAUUAACAAGAUCAAAUCUUUAGAACUUUUAGAUGAAUGGAUUUUGCAAAGAGUUCAUGAAGCUUAAAAUGUUUAGAAGAAUGUUUAAGAGUGUUAACUGUCCCUAAAUAGUCUUUUAAACUUAUUUAUUCCAUAUUAUAAUUUCAACAUUCAAUAGUUUUCAUAAAUAGGACUUUCUUAAAUUGAUAAUAUUAUAAAAGGUUUAUGUUAAUUGGAAAUCUGUGAAGAAAUAUUAUUUAAACAACUUAAAUAAUCUAUCGAAUAAAUUAAAUAUAUUAUAGAUAAGAUAUUUAAAAAAAAAAAGGAUUAAAAGACGAAAUGUAAUUAGUAGAUUCAAAACUCUGAGAAAAAAUAAUUUGUAUUUGAAUAGUCAGAGCACAAAAGCAGAAUUUAAGCAAAUUAAAAAAAUUUCACUUUGGAUUUCAUCAAUCAUAAUUCAAUCAAAUAAGGUGAUGUUUGUAAAGCAAUUGCUUUUAAUAAGGAUUAAACAAUUGUGUUAGCUGGAUGUAAUAAGGACAUUAAAGUAUUUGAACAUUAAUAAGGGAAAUUGAAACAAAUUUAAUUGUUAAGCGAGCAUAAAAAUAAUAUUUAUACUUUAAAUUUUAUGGAAAAUACAAAUGAUUUUUUAUCUGGAAGUUAAGACAAAUCAAUUAUAAUAUGGUAAGUAAGUGGAAAUAAUUAAUGGAGUUGUUAAUAAAUAUUAAAUGGGCACUCUUCAAGUAUAUUUUGUUUAUUGUUAAAUAAUACUGAUGAUUUAAUAAUAUCAGGUAGUUAAGAUAAAACCAUCAAAUUUUGGAUAAAAUAGAAAUAAUGGUUGUGUUAAUAAACCAUGACUGAUCAUAGUAGUCACAUAUAUUCUUUAAGUUUAAAUUAACAAUAAAAUAAAUUGAUAUCUUGUUCAAAUGAUUCAUAAAUAUUAGUAAUAGAAUAAUCUAAUUUAGAUAAAUAGUGGAGUGUUACAUAAAAGAUAAAAGUUGAUUAAUUUGGUUGUCGAUUAUGUAUUAUUGAUGAUCACUCAUUUACAUUCUAACCUUAUUGUAAAGAAUAAAUGUAUGUAUAUGAAUUGGAUUCUAAUACUAAAUAAUAUCGUAAAUCUAAGGAAAUUACUGUAUAGUGUGAUUAAAGUGGUUGUGAUUGUUUUUUUCCCUAAUAAUACUUAAAGGAAAAAUGCCUUCUAGUAAAUAAGAAUGGCAGGCAUGUGAAUUUAAUAAGAAGGAAAGAAAAUGGUGACUUUAUAAUUUAAUAAUCUAUUGAAUUUGCCAAUUAUUAAAUUUAUGGACGAUUAAGUGGUGACGGUUAGUAUUUAAUCACUUGGGAUAAUUAGUCGAAAGAAAUCUAAUUAAAAAAGUUUAAAAAUUUAUGA